UGAGCUUUCAUCCCAAUUUAUUAAUACUGCUGAUAAGAAUGUAUUUCGUUCUAUUCAAGCCGAGACCCGAGACCCGAAAUGGUAUCCAUGGAUACAACCUAUUAGAAGAAAUGACCGAUGAGGCUUAUCUUAAUGGGACCCCUCCAUCCAUCUAUCACACGACACGCAGCUUAGCCGUAUCGAUAGCAUAAACAGCUGGCGUAAUCGGAUCUGCAUUAAGCAAGGCGAAUUGGUUGGGUAAAGUCGUGUGUUAACAUUUGUGGGUCUAAAUACCGUACUAAAAACGUGAAGAUAAUAGAAAUAAGCAAUAAGGAAUUACUUAUUCUCAGGCACCGAACGGAACGCCUCAUGACUGUUGGCUGGACAGUAGCCAACCGGGUCCUCUUUCCCGUUUCAUCCCCCAUGCAAUACCCGGUGGACCUGCCUGCAUACCGUACCUAGCAGCGGCGUCCCUAGGUACCUAAUAGCGCAUACCUUAGAGCUCCAAGGUCCCCAACCUUUCUAAUUGUUACCUAUUUGUAUCAUCGUCAUCAUCCCCAAUCCCAUUCUUAAAACCCUCCCAUCCCCAUCCCAUCCCAUUCCAUCUUAUCCUUUCUUUCUCUUAACCAUCCAUUUUUAUCAUCGUCAACAUUAUAGUCGUCUUGAAUUUUGAUAAUUCAGCCGACUAUCCCCUACCGCCAUCAUGAGAAUAGCUAGCUCCGCCCUGCUACUGGGCGCCAGCACGGCCGUCUUUGCGCAAGAUCAACACGUUCUUGGUGGUAACAACGAUGCUGUCAAGAAUCCCCAGCAGCAUCUCAGCACAUUUCACGAUGAGAUGCCUUCUGCUGCUAGGGCUCUCUGGGAUGAAAUGAGCAUGCUAGUCCCUGGUUUCUACCAAAAGGCUGCCAGCCUUAUCUCCAUGCCCAAGAGUCAUAAACGUCGCCCUGAUAGCGAAUGGGACCACGUCGUCAAGGGCGCUGAUGUGCAAAGUAUGUGGGUUGAGACCGACGGUGUUAAACACAGAAAAGUCGGAGGUUCUCUCGAAGCCUACAAUUUGCGAGCGAAGAAGGUCGACCCAUCCGAGCUCGGCGUAGAUAAGGUCAAGCAGUACAGUGGGUACCUUGACGAUGAGGCAAACGAUAAGCAUCUAUUCUACUGGUUCUUUGAAUCACGAAACAACCCAAAGACCGACCCCGUCGUACUAUGGCUCAACGGUGGCCCUGGCUGUUCCUCGAUGAUGGGACUAUUCAUGGAACUAGGUCCCUCUAGCGUCAACAAGGACGGCUCGCUCAAGUACAACGAAUACUCCUGGAAUAACAAUGCAUCUGUUAUCUUCAUCGACCAACCCGUCAACACUGGUUUCUCCUACAGCAGCAACCCCGUCUAUAACACCGUCGCGGCAGGCAAGGAUAUCUACGCUCUCCUGACUCUAUUCUUCCACAACUUCCCCGAGUAUGCCGAACAACCAUUCCACAUUGCUGGCGAGUCGUACGCCGGACACUACAUCCCAGUCUUCACCUCGGAGAUUCUAUCCCACAAGAACCGCAACAUCAACCUGCAGAGUGUCGCCAUCGGUAAUGGUCUAACGGACCCCUACACUCAGUACGCUCAGUACCGCCCAAUGGCCUGUGGUGAAGGUGGAUAUGACGCAGUCCUCGAUGAGAGCGAAUGCCAAGCGAUGGACAACGCUCUUCCGCGUUGCCAGUCGCUUAUCUCUGGCUGCUACGAGUCUGAGAGCGUGUGGUCAUGUGUUCCUAGUGCGAUUUACUGCAACAACGCUAUGAUGGGCCCUUACCAACGCACCGGAUACAACGUGUACGACAUCCGGGAGAAGUGCAAAGACCAAGCCAACCUCUGCUACACUGAGACCGCUUGGAUUGCCGAUUACUUAAACCAACAGAAGGUCCUCAAGGCCCUCGGUGUUGAAGUCGAUGGCUUUGAGAGCUGCAACACGGAUAUCAACCGAAACUUCCUAUUCCAGGGUGACUGGUCCAAGCCCUUCCACCGUCUUGUCCCUGAUAUCAUUAAGGAGAUCCCCGUCCUAAUCUAUGCCGGUGACGCUGACUUCAUCUGCAACUGGCUGGGCAACAAGGCCUGGUCCGAGGCACUUGAGUGGCCUGGCAAGAAGGACUUCAAUGCUGCUAAGACCAAUGAUCUUACUACCGGAUCUAACAAGUACGGUGAGAUCAAGUCCAGUGGCAACUUUACAUUCGCGCGUGUGUACCAAGCCGGACACAUGGUUCCGUUCAACCAGCCCGAGGGCUCCCUCGACUUGUACAGCAGAUGGCUUGCAGGUGAAUGGUACGCUUGAAGGAUGUGAUGGUUUUAAAUGAUGUGUGAUUAGUAAUUGUUUUGUAUUAUGGAUCGCAGUCAGAAGUCACUGCCGACAAUAUGUCUUUGAAGGCUUUUCCUUUUCGGAUUAUUGAUGGAAGGCCCUUAGACUGUAACGCGAUUAGGGUUCGAUAGACUUUAAUUGAAUAUAAGCUAAGAAACAGCUUUACAAAGCAAGC